CUGAAAUCCCGAAAGGAGUCUAUUGAACGGGUCCGGGAUAUGUACAGUCUCGACAAAGACGCAGCGAAUGCAAAGUCGUCCUCUCUGAGAGGCAAAAUUCUGAGUGUCAGCACCUCCCAAUUUACGACGAAUUCACGGGAGCAAUCCCCUGCAGAGAGUCCAAACAACCGGCCGGGGAGCUCUCCGAGUUCACCCUCGAAAGCGAGCCCGUCAGCAGCACAGAAAGCAACAGGAAGUAGCAAGUCAGAAGACAAAAGCAGUGCGACUUCAGGAGGCAGUACACUAGGGUAAGUACAUUCAUACUUACGUAGAUAGAGAUACUGCUUUAUCUUUUCCCCAUCUGGUGAGGGUUUUCCAUGAAGGUUAUGUUCUUGGGUGUCGGAAUUUGAGUAUCUACUUAUUCAUUAAACGUUGAUAGUACGUGAGCGUGUUGGCAACAUAAGUAGUCAACAUCUACUGUAUUUGCCUUUCCAGAUUGAAGGCGUCCGGGAAGCAUCUCUAUAAGCAGCGAAUGAGCGUGAAGGCGAGACUGCGGAAGGGGAGUCAGGACGACAGCUUUCUACCAACGAUACGGGA